AUGACGCACGUGGAAGUCUGUUGCCGAAUUUGCGGUGUUAGCUUCAACCUUGGCCGCUACCCAACAAAGGAUGAAGCCACGGCAGAUAUUCCUGAUACGCAGUGGUUGCGGAAUACUCAAGCGUUGCGUGCUCAGGCAAAAGGGACAUGCGGAGAAGGCUUCUACCUAGCUAAUCUCAUAGAGAUGCCCUCGGAUUCAGACAUCCGUCAACUCGUUGUUGAAUCUACGGAGCCCAUCUCGAAGGUGAAAUCGCGGCGCUACACUUCAGACGAGCAACACAUUUCUAGACCCGCAUGCUCCAAACCCGGCGGUUAUAGUGGCCACUCCAUAACGUCAGAGGAAAUUCGAGGAUCUUGUACAUUCCAAUGCUUUGUUCCUAAGCUAAGACCACGGCGGUUGCUAAUGCGGCCGAUCAAUGCUAGAGAGUCUGCGCCGGAUCCAGACUUCUAUAUCAGUGGGAUAUCAGAUAUCAUGCCAAGCCAAGGCUAUGUAUACAGCACGUGGCCCCUUGGUCGAGAACUUCCUGGCCUCCUUUACGCCAGAAAUUGGUUCAGUAACUCAGAAGAUGCAGAAAAGGCUGCGAUGCCCUUUCAUCCCACCUGCUUUGAAGUUUUCAGACGGGUGUCCGCGUACCAUCGAGCCGACAUCGACAAUCAGAGCCUCAUGGAUUGGUAUCGGCUUGAGGCUAAAGACGAAAGGCACUACCACGAAUUCCCACGGCACCCUUCAGUGAGAAAGGCCCAGCGAUACUGGCAGAAUGGGAGGGACCAACUCUGGCUUCAUCUCUCAGGCAGUGAAUUCCUGGCAGCCAACCCCUGCUUUGUGCCGGCCCUUCCAUCCAUCAUCACCUCAGUAACCGUUAGUCAAACCCUCACUUCGAAUUAUUCUCAGAUUAGCCCGGUCGCUUCCGGUGAAUAUCAAGGUAGCGAUUCUCUAAGUCGCCUCCCUAUGGAAAUCCGCCUUCAUCUUGCAAGUUUACUCAACGCUUCCGACUUUGCAAAUCUACGACUAGUCUCCCGAACCUUCCACAAUCUUCCCCAAUCUUUCUACCGAAGUUUCCUUCAUAGGGAAUACCCGUGGCUGUGGGAAACAUGGUGUGAUUCUCCAUACUCAAUCUACGCCGGGUUUGAAAGUUGGGAACUCAGACUGAGAGACACGAAUUGGGAAAACCGCAAAGCGAAGCUUGAGCGAGAUAUCCGCAGCUUACAAGAUGCGAUAAUAUCUGGCGUCGAUUCUGAACAGAACCUGCCUAAAUUAAACACUCUUAGAGAUUGCAUUGCUAAAGAGGAGGUCGAGUACAAAAAGUCACGAGAGCCAAUUCCCCCACAAAGGCUCUCGCGCGGGCCAGACGAGGUGGACUGGUUUGGCUUGUAUUGCACCUUAUCCCACAGCUUUGACAAUCUGAAGGGGUUGAGAAACAGGAAGCGCAUUUGGAAAGACUGUGAAGAGAUUGUUCUUCGGAUCAAAAAGUACCGUGCAGAGGGCCUCAUGAAACCAGCGAUAUCCAAUGAGUCAGCCACCAGCUAA